GUAGAAUGUCAGGACGUGGCAAAGGAGGCAAGGGGCUUGGUAAAGGUGGCGCGAAGCGUCACCGUAAAGUUUUACGAGAUAAUAUUCAAGGAAUUACAAAGCCCGCUAUUCGUCGUUUGGCUCGUAGAGGUGGAGUGAAGCGAAUUUCAGGUUUGAUCUACGAAGAGACUCGAGGGGUACUGAAGGUGUUUUUGGAGAAUGUUAUCCGAGACGCUGUCACUUACACUGAGCAUGCCAAGAGGAAGACUGUAACUGCUAUGGAUGUUGUGUAUGCUUUGAAGAGGCAAGGUCGUACCCUGUAUGGCUUUGGAGGUUAAGAUUCUUUUGAAAUUUGUAUAACUAAA